UUAAUUUUAAUUGGUUCCUCAAUUUUUCUAUUUCCAAAAAUAAUAUAUUUGGUUUUAUUCAAAUUCAUUGAUAAUUUAUUAUGGUCAAACCAAGAUUUUAAUUUGGAGAGCUCUUUUUCCACAAUCUUCAAAAGAAAAUCUAAAUUUUGUCCAGAGCAAUAGAGACUAUAUCAUCGGCGAACAAGAUACAAUUUAACUUUGUUAAUACCUUCGGAAUAUCAUUUAUGUACAUUAUGAACAGCUUUGGCCCCAGUAUAGAGCCCUGCGGCACUCCAUGCGUAAUGUUUGUUCUUUCUGAGUCAAAGCUGUUAAUAUGCACAUAUUGAUCUCUGCCAGUAAGAUAAUCUCUCAACCAAUCAUGGGCAAUGCCUCUUAUACCAUAUCGUUCUACUUUAGCCAACAGGUGAUUGUGAUCAAUGGUAUCAAAUGCCUUGCUCAAAUCAAUAAAGACACCGACAGUGUACUCGCCAUUGUCAAACGCUGUAGAUAUCUCCUCAACCAGUUCAAAGACUGCCAUUGAGGUAGCUCUAUUUUUUAAAGCACACCUAACCCUAACCGCUCGAUAAGAAUGGAGAAGACAUGAACGCAUCAGUAUCAGACAUAAAUAACAAUUAAUUCUGUUCCCCAGCAACUCCACGAUGAGCUUCAAAGAACCAAAUAAUCCAAGAUCAAGAGAAAUCAAAUGCAGCUACUAAAGUUACUGAGUUGAAGACGUGACGUCCGGCAGAUGUCGCUGUAACCGCGCUAACAGUAACUCGUAACUCCAGUAAUCCAAAAUAGAUUUAGAUUAGUUAAGAAAGGCAUUCAUCUCACGCUGUACUGCAUAUUAUAUAAAAUACUGAAAUGUGUUAAAUGAUAUUGACUUUACAGCUCCACCGUUUAAUACGUUGACUUCAUUUAACCCUUCAUUGACAUUUAUCGUCUUAUUAUGAUAUAUCGUUCACUGUUUUUAAGACGAUCGCAGUGUAGGCGUGUCAGUCGCGGCAGAUUACGGCGGCUGAUGAUGGAAACGCGUCGCAUCUUUAGGACGACAAAUCGCAAUCAUUUUUCAGACGCUUCGUUCUUCUGUACUCGACUGUGCUUCAUGUCUUCUAUUCCCACAGUUAAACUGCCCAGAGGUUUUACCGUGUUGUGAGAUGUCUGAUGUUAUAAUCAGCACCACAUCAAUGGAAGACAUAAGACUUAGUCCCAGCAAAGACCAUCUCACCUUCCAGAUCUUUCCCGACCCCUCUGACUUUGAACGCUGCUGUAAGUUGAAGGAUCGACUCCCGUCUAUCGUGGUAGAGGCAACAGAGGGAGAUGUGGAGAGUGGGGAGCUCCGCUGGCCUCCGGAGGAGUUUCUCGUGAGUGAAGAAGAUGAAGAUGAGGAGCUGCAUGAUGGAAAAGUGCAGACUGUACAAAUACAGAACUCUCCGCAUUAGAGAGGAUUGAACUGACUGUGUCUUCUACAGAAACACAUGCACAACAUAGACCUUUUUUCAGAUAGUAAAGUUUUUUUAUGGACAGAGUUUAAGUGGAAAAAGAAAGACUAACGGAUUAAGGCUAGCUAGCUACGUUGUGUUAGUUUGUAUGGUAACCCUUUACAAUAAGGUUGUAUUUGUUAAUAGAAGGAAAUGCAUUAGCUAACAUACAGUAACAAUAAGCAAUAUGGUUUUUCGUCAUUUAUUCAUCUUCGUCAAUGUUUGUUUAUGCCAACACAAUUAUUUAUGUUUGUUCAUGGUGCAUUUCCUAAUUUAAAAAAAUACAACUUUCGAUUUGAAGUACAUACUGAAAUUACAUGAAUAAAUGAAGUAGAUGUAUAUUGUUCAUUGUUAAUAGCGUUUGCGUUAAUUAAUGCUAACAAAUACAACCUUACUGUAAAGUGUUACUGUCUUUAAACAAUGACUUUGUUUUAUCUGACUAUGCAGAUACACACACUGUCCAGGACCGCAGAUGCUAUUUGAAAAUUGACAUUGGCACUAAAAUACACACACUAAUUCACAUGACCACAAAUGGGAUAGAUUAAAUUACACACACUUUUAAGAUUACACACUGAAAAAAAAAUACAUGAAUACACUUAACAGACACGUGUCUGGUCUUUUAUCCAGCCCCAAACCAGAAUCCCAAAACAUAUGGGAUAGUUUUUUUUAAAACUCAUGCACUUCUUGCCUUCAGUGUUUCCAACCUGUGUGUGUGUGUGUGUGUGUGUGUGUGUGUGUGUGUGUGUGUGUGUGUGUGUGUGUGUGUGUGUGUGUGUGUGUGUGUGUGUGUCUGUCUGUGUGUCUGUCUGUGUGUGUUGUUUUAUGAUGUAAAAUGUUUCAAAAGUUUUGGAGGGAUUAUUUCAUUGUUCAGGUUUCCUGAAUAAGGGUUCGGGUUAUUUGUAUGUGAAUGGGGUAACUUUCACUGUUAAUAUUUCACUGUAGAUAGUUUUUGUCCUUACAGUCUCUCUUGACUGACACAGAUGGAUUCAGGACAGAGGAACCUCAUUUGUUUUGAGUGGAUUACAUGUAGUACAGUCUGAACCAGCCCACAACACCACAGGCCUCUUUGUCUAUUGUCUAUUUUAUCUUCACAAUCUAAAUGUUAACAGGAAACAAGUCAUCUUUAGGUUAGCAAUGCACGAUGAAGACACCGAAAGCAAAACUUACUUCUUUCCCAAUCCGUCCAUUGUGAAUUGGAUGUUCACCCAUGCAAUGUGAUAUAUUGUGUUUCUCUGAAUGUAUCUCUGUGUUCAGGGUCUGUUACCUGUUUUUGCAGCAUUUGUACAUCUGACUGUUAAACGCUCAGGGAGGAAAGCGAACCUUUUUUUCAGAUUUUGUACGCACACCACUUUUUCUUUGUGACUGUCAGAGUUUGUAAAUAAAAAUGAAUUUUCAGUUGUA